AUGGACGCUCCCGGCCUCGACACGGCCCACCAGCAGUCAGCUACCUCCUCCUCCUCCUCCUCCUCCAAUACGUCGGCACCCACGAACCCGCAGACAGCCGUUCUCGAUCGCGAGAUGUUUCAGGAGACUCUCAAUCUGGUGGCCCUCCGCAUUCCUCAACGCAUGACGGAGCCCCUCCUCAAACGCCUGGGCGGGUACCGCAUCGUGAUGAGCCAGGCCGCCGAGAUAUCCGCGGCCGUGGUCAUCCCCGACCUCGGCACCACCAGCGGCACCAGCUCCACCACGGCUACCGCCACCCCUACCAAGGGCGACUCGAGGCUCCUCCUCCUGAGCGAAACUGUCACCGAACCGGGUACCGGGUGGGACGAUGUGCCGCGCGGCUCAGAUCUGCGGCAGCUGCCGGAGGAGGUGCGGGGCUACGUGCUGGAGAAUGCCGAGGUGACCCGCUACACGCUGCACCUGGGCUAUCCUCACCUGUCCCUCGAGCAAGUGCUGCGGCGCGUGCUUCCGCCUGGCCUACCGGCGGUGUCGUCCUUCGAGACCAUAGGCCACAUCGCCCACCUCAACCUCCGGGACGAGCACCUCCCCUACCGCCAUCUCAUCGGGCAGGUCAUCCUCGACAAAAACCCUCGGCUGCGCUCGGUGGUGAACAAGACGCACGGCAUCAAUACCACCUUCCGCACCUUCGCCAUGGAGGUCAUCGCCGGGCAGGAGGACCUCGACACCGAAGUGAGCGAGAGCAGGUGCCGCUUUGCCUUCAACUACGGGCAGGUGUACUGGAACUCCCGCCUGCAGGCUGAGCACGAGCGACUCCUUAAGAAGCUCAAGCCCGCUGACAUCGUCUGUGACAUGUUUGCUGGCGUGGGUCCCUUUGCCGUCCCCGCGGCCAGGAACACCGGGUGCCAGGUCUACGCCAACGACCUCAACCCCAAAUCCUACGAGGCUCUCGUCAGCAACGCGCUCCGCAACAAAGUGCAGCAGCUCGUGCGGGCGCACAACAUGGACGCGCGAGAUUUUGUGCGGGCGCUCUACAAGGAAACGCCCCCAGUGCCGUUCACCCAGGUCAUCAUGAACCUCCCGGCUUCGGCCGAGUCCUUCCUCGAUGUCUUCAGGGAGUUCCCCGCCGAGCUCAAGCCCCCCACUAUCCACUGCUACGUGUUCACCAAGGACACCAUUGACCCGCGCGCGGACUGCGCGCUCGAAGAGCGGGAGGUCUACGAGGUGAGGGAUGUGUCGCCCAAGAAGCUCAUGAUGUGCGUCUCCUUCCCGCUGCCCCGAGCCGCCUAUUCCCAUCCGGCCCACGAGGAGGAGGCGGCGGCGGCGGAAGACGGCCGCGGCGCCAAGCGGAAGGAGCCCGACGUACCCGACGCCCCCGCCCCCGCCCGCGAGGUCGAUGGCGAAGAGAGGGAGGAGGAGGGGGAGGAAGAGGAAGAGGAAGCGGCCGGCGACCGAGCCGUUCCUCCCCGCCCCAAGAAACCAAAAGCCUAG